GUAAGACGUCAGCAGACGCACAUUUUCUUUGCUGUUUUUAUAAAGUAGAAUAGCGUUCUUAAUAAUGUUUAAUUUCUUUUACAAACAGUAAUAAAGGCUACUAAAUUUACAGUCAUAUAAUAUUUGGUUAAUAAAAAACAGGGUUGUAUCUGGUACCUACGUCAUCUCUGCGACAUUUGCGAAUUCAAGCAAAACAUGAUUAAAAGUAAAGGAGAAAUGAGAGGAAAAGCUGCAUUAAGAAGAAGGUCCGACCAGAAUUUCUGUGCGUAUCAACAGCAGAACCAAAAUCGUUGAAGAGCUGUUUUCUGAGGGACCUUCAUUAAAUGAGCACCUGAUCAUGUCGAUGUCUCUUUUUGAAGUGUCUUGAUAAAGCACUUGCUUGGGUAAACUUUGUACAAGUUCUAUAUAUUCACACUCGAAGUUCCGAGUUUUUUUUCGUGGUGGACUUAAAAAACUACAAGUCCCAUAGACGUACCCGGAAGUGCCUAAGUUGGUGCUGCGAGGAGUCACAGUUCGUCUGGUUCUGCUUCAUGUCACAACCGCCUGGAUGAUGAUAUGAUUUAGCUGGAGUCUUGGCAGCAGCAGAGCCGAGGGUCCUACGUAACAAAGUCCAUUGGAAAACAGUGCGGGAACUCCCACUUCGGCGACCCAUCAGCACUCGCUCCUCCCCGCUCCCGAAGGCCCAUCCAUGUCCUCCGCGGAAGGCUGGGGCCCGGCGAUCUUGGACUGGCUCCUGCCCGACUCGUGGUGGCUGCUGCUGGGCCUGGCUAUGCUGCUGGUGGUGGGCGCCUUCGUGGUGGCCUUCGUGCUGCUGCUCUACAUGAUCUCGCCGCUGAUGAGCCCCAAGCCGCUGAAGCUGAACGGGGCGCACGUCGUGGUCACUGGAGGUUCCAGUGGGAUUGGAAAGUGCAUCGCCAUGGAGUGUUACAAACAAGGAGCGUUCAUCACGCUGGUGGCGCGGGACGAGAGCAAACUGGUUCAAGCUAAGAAAGAGGUUGAAAAAUGCGCAAUAAACGACAAGCAGGUCGUACUCUGUAUAUCUGUGGAUGUGUCCAAGGACUAUGGCCAGGUUGAAAGCGUUAUAAAACAGGCCCAGGAGAAGCUAGGUCCCGUGGACAUGCUGGUGAACUGCGCCGGGACAUCGUUGUCCGGCAAGUUUGAGGAGAUGGAGGUUGACUGUUUCAAGAGGCUGAUGGAGGUGAACUACCUGGGCAGCGUGUACCCAACUCGGGCUGUCGUCACCACCAUGAAGGAAAGGCGCAUGGGCCGCAUCAUGUUCGUGUCCUCGCAGGCAGGCCAGAUCGGGCUCUUUGGGUACACCGCAUACUCGCCAUCCAAGUUUGCCCUGCGUGGCCUUGCUGAGUCACUGCAGAUGGAGAUGAAGCCAUACAACAUAUAUGUGACUGUAGCCUAUCCGCCGGACACGGACACGCCAGGCUUCGCCGAGGAGAACAAAAGCAAGCCCCUUGAGACGAGACUAAUCUCUGAAACAUCGGGCGUGUGCCAACCGGAGCAGGUUGCCAAAAUCGUGGUAAAGGAUGCCGUGCAGGGGAACUUCAACAGCUCAGUGGGUCCCGACGGGUACAUGCUUUCAGCGCUGACCUGCGGGAUGUCGCCGGUCACCUCAAUCACAGAGGGGCUCCAGCAGAUUUUGACCAUGAGUCUCUUCCGGACCAUCGCUUUGUUCUACCUGGGAAGUUUCGACAGCAUCAUCCGCCGCUGCAUGAUCCAGAGGGAGCAGUCCAAGGGUGCAGACAAGAGCGAAUGACCCACUCACUGCAGCCAACCCACCCCUCCCCAAAUCACCCCCCUCCGCCCAGCAGCUUUGCCUCCCCAACCCCACCCUUGCGUCACUGUGACGCUGUGGAAGGAUGGGGGCGCCACACCCAGGUGGGCGCAUCACUGGUGUAAGACAAUUGCUCCCUGUUGACAGCAGCGUGCACACAGCAUUUUCAAGCCUUUCCGUUCCUAACGGCAGGUUCUGAUUUGUUGGAUUUUGACUUUCUGCUUUAAACACUGAAAUUUCUCUCACCAGACAGAGAACCUUCUGGCAUAUUCUCAGUAGUCCAUAAUCCAGCACUUGUGAAGCUAUGAGUUGUCAUAAAUUCUGUUCUCAUUACAUGGUAAAAUAUAGAAUUUAACUCAAUAUAGAUUAUAUAGGUGACACUAAUAAGUAAAGAUUUUGCAUGACUUUCACAAACCGGCACAACAUGAUGCUGUUCAUGAAAACAGCUCUUUAGUAUUGUUUUAAUUCCUAUGUGUGUGUUUUGUACCUUACACUGAACUGAGUGGGGGAUAUUUUACUAGCCAAGGUUUGAACUUUUCAGGACUGUGUCAUGUAUGAAAGAACACCUUUAAUUUAGUGUUUAAGUCAAUGUGAGAGCUCUUUAUGGUAAUUAGACACAUUCUGUGAUUCUCCAGCUUUUGGGAACUGUGAUGAUUGAAAACAUCCAGCGCUGAUGCGAAGAACUAACAACCACCUGCUUAUCCUCCAGUUUUAGUAUCACUCAUUUAUCCCACACUUUUCUCAUAAACAACUGACAGUGUGAGGUUUGUACACUAAGCUACUUACACUGAUUUACCCAAUUAUACAGCUGGGUAAUUUUUACUGGAGUAAUUUAGGGUUAAAACCUUGAUCAGGGGUACCACAGCAGGAGUUUAGGAUUCAGACCUGGGCCCUCCAGUUGCAAAGUGAUUGCUCUAAGCACUGCGCCACCUGCUGGCCUUGUUUUGUCUUGACACCAGUUAGACUGAUUUGUUAUUGUAACACUUUGCAGGCAAAGUGUUUUAGUUUUUCAUACUGAUUCGCCUCCACACACAUUCCUCUUCCUGCGUUACCGCGAUGACUGUUCCGACUUGUGCUGCUGCCCUCCUGGCUAACGACGAUGCACCAAUGUAGAUGUUGUUUAAACGUUCCCACCAUGUUUGUCCAAUGUUACGGCUGCCUUUGCACAGAGGUUGUGUGUGUCAGCUGCGUUGGGGAGCUGCGAGGAGGGGGAGGGGCGUGGACUGGAAUACACAACCUGGGCAGCACUCCUAGAGAGCACUGAUUGACUGCUGAGCCCAAGGGAUUCAAAGCUUCCAGAAGGCCACAGCCAUGGACUUCUCACACUCCGCUCGGCCUUUGCGGUGUGUGCUGGGAAAUCGUUCCGAGCCCAGAGAGUGUAAGUUAGUGUUCAUUGGCCGUUUAUAGUAUAACCGGGGUGACACACACUGUGUUUGGAGUCAGUUGAGCAGCAAGGGAAAUUCAGCAACACAAGUGUGGACACAAUCUGUGUGCGUGCGUGCGUGCGUGUAAGCGUCUUGCUGUGAAAGCAGUUUCCAUUUUCGGAGAAGGUAAAAGAGGCCAGUGGAAGUUGAACCUGUAGGGGAGAGGAGCUGUGAGGCUGACACUCGCGGGUUCGAGGAGAUGCCUCACAGGUCACAGGGCGGAGCCAGACGGAGCUGUAGUCUCGCCGCCCCAACCGGCACUCUUAACCGCUCCAUUGUCUGCGAGCGCUCGCCGCCACUCUUCCCAGCAGUCACCGUGGACAGGGUGUACUGCUCGACCGGAAUGCAGGGUCUCUGCGGAAACCGGGGUCACUGCGGUGCAGGUGUGCGUAAGCAGCAUUGCUUUGUUCUCCUCAGAGACAAGCGCCAAAUCAGAACUCGGCCUCAGCCUUAAGAGUUGGAGAUGCGUGGUUAAUGCCGUGACGGUGAUGCAUCAGUCGUCACGACGACUGCUCUUUCUUGCGCCACCUCGUCUCCACAGAGAACGAUUGUCGAUUCCUCGUACCGUGGUUUUACGCGAUGAUGCCCCUCGUGGACCGGAAGCAUGAUGGCGGGAGCAUGUGACUCUGGGCGAUGAUGCUCUUGCUUGACGACGGCGCGCAGACACAGCUCUCGUCCCAUCGACGUUCUCAUUCUGAAACUGUUUCUCUUUCCUCCUCAACUGUCGCCAGCAAACCCGUACUUCAUAGCAGUUUGACGUAGCGUAUUACAAAGCAAUUUUCGUUAAACAAUUUAAAGCUAUGCAAGUUAUGCCUGUGUUUCUCGUUCUUUCUGGCAUCUCAUUAGAAUUAUUCCUGUAUAUUUUUACUCAUGCUAAGCCCUAGUUCCAGUUUUUCGUUGUGGUGGUUUAAAGUUAUACAAUAAGAGGUAAAAAUAUAGAUUGUUUUAAGUUAUCAGAAAGACCAGGAUAUGUUCACCUAUUUCUUACUGUUGUUUAUGCCAAAUUUGUAAGAAUAUCACCUUGUGUGCCAUUUUGAGGAGAAAAAGGAAGAGC